AAGGUAAAAUGCAUGGUUCGUGUUGGUUAGGUGUGGGGCUCUUUACUUUUUUAGUUUAAUUCACUUCAGAAUUAGGAAUUCAGAUAUCUUUAGAGCUCUAGAGUAGCGUUAAUAAUCCGAACUCCUAUUAACAUCAGAUGUUUUUUAAGGAAUACAUAAAUGGUGACGUAAUUCAUAUAUAGUGCAAUGCUAGUAUAACGUUUGUAUUAAUUAAGAACUGUCGGAAAUUAAAAAAAAAAAAUAUAUAUAUAAAUUUUAUAGCAGUAUUAUCACCAUUUGUGUUCCUCAAGUGUCACUUGAUGAUAGUAUAAGUGGGCCGAAACAUGUGAAUUGCUUAAUAAAAACAUUGAUUUGUGUGAGGGUUUUCCCGUAGUUUUGUAGUAAGCACCACAUGCAGGAAGCAAUCGUGCAAGCUUCAUCCGUCAGUGGUAUCAGCAGCAGGUGGGUAAGGGUUUUCCCCAAGUUUUGUAGUAAGCACCACAUGCAGGAAGGAAUCGUGCAAGCUUCAUCCGUCAGUGCUAUCAGCAGCAGUUUUACCUUAUGUAGGAUGGCAGGUGCUGGGAUGUCGCAUAACCACAAAUGGCAGGAAGAGGGUGUAUAUCCACCGAACAACUUUUCCUGGAUUGUUAAAGAAGAGCUGGCCGCUAUGGCGUGGCCUCGAAUGCCAUCAAAUCUUAGAUUUCUUGAGAAGCAAGGAAUCAAGCAUCUGGUAACUUUAUCACCAGAGAUGAGACCACCCAUCCAUACUUUUGCAGAGUUAAAAUGGACAGAAAUUCCUGUAGAGGAAUUCUGUUCACCAUCAGUCACCCAAAUUAAGGAAUUUAUAGACAUUUGUCAGAAGUCUAAAACAAAAAACGAGGUAACAAACCUAGGAUGUGGAAAUGGUCCCUUUGAAAAUAGAUAUAUCAAGAUAUAUGUACAAAAUUACACGAGUCACACAAUCAAAAUCACUUACAUUAAUUGAUUAACAUAAAUAA